GGGGUGCCCGCUGGGCGCGCGUGAGGCGGGUUGUGGCGUGCCGGGAGCCAUGGAGCGGGACCGGGCGGAGUUGGUGUCUGCCUUCUGCCACAAAACUUCGUCUUUGGAGCGGGUGGAGGAGGAAGGCGAUGACGAUGAGGAGGAUGAUGAACUGGACAUCUUUGGGGGUUAUGACAGCCUCACAUGCUACAACAGCAGCAUGGGCAGUGACAGCAGCUCCUGUCUGGAGGAGUCUAGUGACGAUGAGGUGGCAGACAAGGAAGCUGGAGAGCUUUCGACCUCUCCUAUGCACCAGCCAUCCACAGGCCGGCUCAUGGAAGACAGUGGCUCCGAGCCAGCUGUGUGUGAGAUGUGUGGGAUUGUGGGCACCAGGGAAGCUUUCUUCUCCAAAACCAAACGUUUCUGCAGCGUCUCCUGCUCCAGAAGCUACUCCUCAAAUUCCAAGAAGGCCAGCAUCCUGGCCAGACUGCAGGGGAAACCACCAACAAAGAAAGCUAAAGUUCUGCACAAGGCAUCCUGGUCGGCCAAGAUUGGGGCCUUCCUCCAUUCACAGGGAACAGGACAGCUGGCAGAUGGGACACUGACAGGUCAGGAUGCACUCGUCCUGGGCUUUGACUGGGGAAAGUACCUGCAGGAGCACGGCUACAAGGCAGCACCUGUCAGUUGCUUCAAACACGUGCCGCUCUUCGAUCAGUGGGACGAUGUGGUGAAGGGUAUGAAAGUGGAAGUGUUGAACAACGAUGCUGUGCUCCCCAGCCGCGUGUACUGGAUCGCAUCUGUCAUGCAGAUCGUGGGAUACAGGGCCCUUCUGCGAUAUGAGGGCUUUGAGAAUGAUGCUGGCCAUGACUUCUGGUGCAAUUUGGGCACAGUGGAUAUUCACCCUAUUGGCUGGUGUGCCAUCAACAGCAAAAUCCUGGUACCACCACAAACUAUCCAUGCCAAGUACACUGACUGGAGAAGUUACCUCAUGAAAAAACUGGUUGGAGCCAGGACCAUCCCAGUGGAUUUCCACAUGAAGAUGGCAGAGAGCAUGAAGUACCCGUUCCGGCAGGGCAUGCGGGUCGAGGUGGUGGAUAAGAACCAUGUGUCCCAGACACGCAUGGCAGUGGUGGACACAGUGAUUGGGGGCAGACUGAGACUCCUCUAUGAGGACGGUGACAGCGACGAUGACUUCUGGUGCCACAUGUGGAGUCCUCUCAUCCAUCCCGUGGGCUGGUCACGGAGAGUGGGCCACGACAUAAAGAAGACAGAAGAAAAGCGCAAUGACAUGGCAAACCAUCCCACCUUCCGGAAGAUUUACUGUGACGCCGUCCCCUAUCUCUUUAAGAAGGUACGAGCUGUCUAUUCUGAAGGUGGAUGGUUUGAGGAAGGCAUGAAACUGGAAGCUAUUGACCCUCUGAAUCUGGGCAACAUUUGUGUGGCCACUGUUUGCAAGGUCCUCCUGGAUGGGUAUCUCAUGAUCAGCAUUGAUGGAGCCAUGUCUGCUGAUGGCUCCGACUGGUUCUGCUAUCAUGCCUCCUCACACGCCAUCUUCCCUGUCAACUUCUGUAAGAGGAACAACAUCGACCUGACCCCUCCAAAAGGGCAAGAUGCAAAGACCUUCAGCUGGGAAAGGUACCUGGAAGAGACUAAAUCAAGACCUGCUCCAUCACGGCUCUUCAACACAGACUGUCCAAACCAUGGCUUCAAGGCAGGCAUGAAGGUAGAGGCAGUGGACCUGAUGGAGCCCCGGCUCAUCUGCGUGGCCACGGUGAAGCGUGUAGUCCAGCGUCUCCUUAGCAUCCAUUUCGAUGGCUGGGACAAUGAGUAUGACCAGUGGGUGGACUGCGAGUCUCCAGACAUUUAUCCUGUGGGGUGGUGUGAGCUGACAGGCUACCAGCUUCAACCACCUGUUGUUCCAGAGCCCACAACUCCAGUGAAGGCCAAGGAGGUGCCCAAGAAGAAGAAGAAACCCUAUGGAAAGAAGAGAAAAAAGUUGCCUGCCAAAGCCCGCAGCAUCAAGCAGACUGUCAAGAAGCCUUCCACCUCGAAUACAAAACGAGAAGCAAAAGCUGCCAGCCAGGCUUUGCCAGAGCCAGCACCUGAUGAGAUCAUUGCCGUGCAGGUGAAAGAAGAAACCAUCGACCCCUCAGACGCAGAGUUUGGAGACACAGGGCUUCCUGUUCCGAUCAGCAGCAUAAAGCAGGAGGACACAGACUGAUCCUGGAGUAUCCCCCAGCUGCCCACAGCAGCUUCACCUUGUGGUCCUCUGGGGAAGGUCCUGGCAGAGAGAAGCAGAAUACUAAAAAGGGCCUCCCCUUUUUAAAGCAGACCGCCCUGCAGCAUCACAGCUCUGCCUUCCUGGUGUGCAAGAAAAUUUCCCCCAGAACUGUAAUACUAAACCCUGGGAAACAGCAGAAAGGCCACAGGCACACUGAGGAGAAUGACCAGGGUGGCUGCUGGGGCUGUGUGUGCCUGACUUUGAAGGCACCUUUUGAAGCGGGAGCUCACAACAGGCAAAGAAGCUGCCAGAACACAAAGGGGCAAUUUUGGUUCUUGGCUGUGGCUGGAGGUGACAAGCUGUAGACUGAAGUGGUGUGCAGGCCCCGUGUGUCAGGAAAGGGGCUGCCCUCAUAGGACGUUGGUGCUGUGUUCCCUGGUCUAGGCUCUGCAAGCCCCAAAGUCAGGACAAGAAGGAUGGAAAGAGAUGGGAAAAAAAGAGAUGCUGAUGCCUCUUGAAGGAGAAAGAGACCUUUUUUCAUAGAAUCAUAGGUUGGUUUUGGUUGGAAGGGGACGUGGAAGAUCACCUGGUUCCAAACCCUCUGCUGUGGGCAGGGACACCUUCCACUAGACCAGGUUGCUCAAGGCCCCGUUCAACCUGGCCUUAAAAACUUCUAGGAAUGGGACACCCACAAUGUCCUUGGGCAACCUGUGCCAAUGCCUCACCACCCUCACAGUAAAGAAUUUCUUCCUUUUAUCUAAUCUAAA